AUGUUUAUUGCACGGUCGGAAUACGACCGUGGCAUAAACACCUUCUCCCCGGAAGGCCGUCUCUUCCAAGUCGAAUACUCUCUUGAAGCAAUCAAACUAGGCUCAACAGCCAUAGGCAUCGCCACCUCCCAUGGUGUCCUUCUCGGCGUCGAAAAGCGCGUGACCUCCACCCUCCUCGAGACCUCCUCGGUCGAAAAGAUUGUUGAGAUAGACUCCCACAUUGGCUGCGCCAUGUCCGGACUGCAAGCCGACGCUCGCUCUAUGAUCGAACACGCCCGUGUUGAAAGUCAGAAUCAUAGCUUCCAUUACAACGAACGACUAGGGGUGGAGAGCUGUACUCAAGCAAUCUGUGAUUUGGCCUUGCGGUUCGGGGAAGGCGCUGAGGGGGAGGAGAGCGUGAUGAGUAGGCCGUUUGGUGUUGCGUUGCUGAUUGCGGGGAUCGACGAGGAAGGCCCACAGCUAUAUCAUGCGGAACCAUCAGGGACCUUUUAUCGCUACGACGCCAAAGCUAUUGGAUCAGGCAGUGAGGGUGCACAAGCAGAGUUACAGAACGAAUUCCACAAAUCACUCACGUUGGAGGAGGCGGAGACUUUGGUGCUGAAAACACUGAAGCAGGUCAUGGAGGAGAAGCUAGAUUCGAAGAACGUCCAGCUGGCCAGUGUGACGAAGGAGAAAGGCUUUAGGAUUUAUACCGAUGAGGAAAUGUCCAAGGUAGUAAGCAGAUUACCCACAAAUUGA